UGGUAUGAGAAUGCAGCAUCGUUCGUGUGUAUGUGAGUGCGGGAGAGGGUGCGAUAUACCGUCAAUGGCAAAGAGCCAAGAACUCAAAAAUCCAUGCGCGGGUCGGUGCACUGCCCUCAACCCAAAGAAGACAUUUGACGCGCCAAAAAGAAAAAAAAGAAAAAGGUCAACAAGACUCUACGCGCUGCCGCGGUUCUUUUCCCUUCUUCGCUUUCUUCUUCAACUACUUCAUCCACCUCUCCAUUCCCACUCUCCAUCUUUCGUUUCAUUCUUUACAUCUUCAUCACUCUCAGUUCUCAUCACAACACCCUCCUGUCACACAUGCGCAUCGACUACCUGUCCAAGGUGGGUGCAGCGGUUUCGGCCCUGUUCUCACCACGGACCUUCCACCUCUCCAGUGGAGAGGCUAUCCACACAGAGCUCGCACCCAUCAGGUCCGUCGCCAUCAUCGGUGCUGGCGCAGGAGGGUCUUCGGCUGCCUAUUACCUCCACGAUCUAAUGUCGCCUCCACAACUCUCCCGCAAGCAUGACUUUGCAAUCACGAUCUUUGAGCAAUCCGACAAGAUCGGCGGUCGGUGUUCAGCCUUCCGGGCCCGAAACCCGGGCCAAAAGGAUGAGUUUAUCGAAGUCGGGGCCAGUAUCUUUGUGAAGGUCAAUUACAACCUGGUUAAGGCCGCGAAGGAGUUUGGGUUGGAAACCAAGCCCUUGGAUGAUGAGUUGCUCGCGAUCUGGGAUGGGAAGGACUUUAUCUUUGAGGAGAGUCAGUGGAAGUUCUGGAGUAUUUUUAAAGGGCUCCGGAGAUGGGGUCUUUCGCCGAUUAGGCUGAAACGCCUGCUAACGAAGACCGUGAGGGACCUCCUGGAGAGCUACAAAUCCACGGCUGCCUUUACUUCCAUCUCCGAUUUCGCGACCCACUUCAACCUGGACAAGGUCUCUUCUCAAUUCUCAGACUCCUUCCUAAAGGGGAACGGAAUUAAUCAGCAAUACAGCCAGGAGGUCGUUGAGGUCGCGACCAGAGUCAACUAUGGCUCGAACCUGAACGAGAUCCAUGCCUUGGGAGCAUUGGUGUCCAUGGCAGCUGACAAUGCGCUUCAGGUCCAGGACGGUAACUUUCAGAUCUUUGAGGGCAUGGUCGGGAGGAGCAAGGCCGAUGUGAAGAUGAACACGAAGGUUGCGAGGGUUCGGAAGGUUGAGCCUGCGUAUGAGGGUGGCGAGGACAGGUUUGAGGUCACCACCGUGUCAGGACAGAAGGAGCUCUUUGACGCCAUUGUCAUCGCUGCACCCAUCGCAUCGAGCAAUAUCGACUUUGAUUUAAACCUGCCUCCACAACCAAAGGUCGCCUACCGUACUAUCUACGCAACCUUUGUGCGUGGACACGUCAACCCAGGAUAUUUCCACGCGACCUCAUCCGCCAAAUUCCCUGCCCACAUCCUCACCACGAACUCCAAUGCCGAGUUUACAUCUCUCAGUGUCCAACGCAAGCUCAGCACGGGCGAGACCAUCACCAAGAUCUUUUCGCCAGAACCCAUUCAAGAAGAUCUCCUCGAUAGGUUGUAUCUGAACCGCACCUGGGUCAAGAGCAAAGCUUGGAAGGCCUACCCGCGUCUCCAGCCCUUGCCCUUGCGCAGUGAUGACGACUUUGCGGGAUUGGAGAAGGAGCAAAAAGCACAGGUCGUGUUCCAGAAGGAUCAGUUGGAUAAACAACAGACAGAACAGCAACAGCAGCAGCAGCAGCAGCAGCAGCAGCAGCAGUUGGAUUGGGGACGCGUUGAAAUCGUCCCUGGUGUCUUUUACAUCAACGCAUUCGAGUCCUUGGUCUCAACCAUGGAAACCGAGACUGUCGCAGGAAAGAACGUCGCAAGACUUGUGCGCGAUCGCUUCCUUGGGUAUUGCCCUGUCGAGAAGAUUAAGGCCUGAAGAUAAAGGCCCAUCUUUUCCUACGCUACAAGCAUAUUCAGGCCACUUUAACCAUUCAUUCUGUUCAAUAUUCAGUCAUUUCCUUCGUUGUCUCCAAGUAAAUAAGAAGUUUUUUUUUGAAAAGAAAAGAAAUCGUGGACA